CUGCGCCACAUGCGCCCCACCGGCCUUUUUUUCUCGCCGCCGUCCCGUGGCAGACGAUAUGGGCGAAUCGAGCCGCCAACCUCUUUCCUCCUCCUUUCCAAAUUUACGUCGGCCCCUUCGUAUAACAGGACACAAUGGCUGAUAACCAGGUCGAAAAGGCUUUCCAGAAGCAGGCUAUCUUCCUCAACGCCAAGUCCCUUGGCAAGAAGUCUGUCAAGCGCUGGUCCAACAGCAUCGGUCUUGGCUACAAGACCCCCAAGGAGGCUCUCAAGGGUAACUACGUCGACAAGAAGUGCCCCUUCACCUCGCCCUCCGUCUCCAUCCGUGGCCGCAUCCUCUCGGGUGUUGUCGUCUCGACCAAGAUGAAGCGUACUCUGAUCAUCCGCCGUGAGUACCUCCACUACAUCAAGAAGUACAACCGUUACGAGAAGCGCCACAAGAACCUCGCUGCCCACGUUUCCCCCGCUUUCAUCGGUGUCCAGCCUGGAGACUUUGUCACUGUUGGCCAGUGCCGCCCUCUCUCCAAAACCGUCCGCUUCAACGUCCUGAAGCACCAGAAGCAGGUUGUCAAGGGCGCCAAGACCUUCAACAAGUUCUAAGCGGCUUGUAGCUUGGUUAUCACAGUGGAAUAAAACGUGUUUUGAUACAACGUC